AUGACAGACGCAGCAACCGAGCAAUCACAACAACAGCCUAUUCCGCAGACUUUGAGCGUUACGACAAAGAGCUUCGCAGCACUUAUCGCAGUUCUAGCAAUCACUGUGGCGUUUUCCACCUCCAUCCGCGGCGCACUUUCCUCCGUCCUCCCCAAAACCUCAACGGCUACUGUCCGAAGCAUGGCAACAACCGCCUCACCAGCAGCCAUGAAGAUCACCAAACGUCCCUGGGCUCAGCGUGGCCACGCUGACCAUGACUGGCUCUACACCUUCCAAACCUUCUCCUUCGCCUCAUACUACUCGCCCAACCCCCUCCACCAAUCCUUCGGCCCUUUGCGCGUCAUAAACGAGGACCGCGUCAAGCCCAGCACCGGCUUUGGCACGCACGCGCAUGCCGAGUUCCUGAUCUUCUCCUACAUCGUCAAUGGCACGUUGGAACAUAAAGAUAGUAUGGGCAACCUUGAAAAUCUGAAGAGGGGCGAGGUGCAGUUUACCAGCGCAGGCACGGGAAUCAGGCAUUCGGAAUACAACCGCGAUAGCAAAGACGAGGUCCAUUUCUUGCAGAUCUGGGCGAAGCCGAAUAAAUCGAGGUUGACGCCUCACUAUGAGACGAAGAAAUUCACCGAUGAGCAGAAGAAAGAUAAAUUGGUGCGCAUAAUGGAGGAUACCAGUCGCCUGGGCGAGAAGACGGAUACCUCGCCUAUCGGUUUGCAGGCGGAUCUUAGCAUGGAUGCGUCUAUCCUCUCGCCGGGGAAGAGCGUCACGCAUGAUAUUGUUGCGGAGGGCUCAAGGAAGAUCUUCUUGCAUAACAUCAUGUCCGGACGGACGCAGCCAAAAGAGGGCGGCGCGAAGAUCAAAAUCGGAGACGUGGUGUUGGGCGAGGGAGAUGGUGCGUAUGUUGAGGGCUUGGCGGGACCAGGAAAGGUUGAGGUGGAGAGUGUAGGGGACAAGGCUGCAGAAUUCUUGUUGUUUGACAUGGGCACUAAGGAUGCGUAG